UCAAAAAUUCUCCUGUUUCUCUCUUUCCAAAUAUGCCAAGCAAUGUAGAGAGAAGCUGUUGCAUUGUUCUUUUCAUCAUUUUUUUGGAGGUUGACCGCAUGAUUUUUUAAAUGGAAGCAACUCGUUAAACAGGCGUUGAUAGAUCUAUAUGGCACCCUCUGGUUUCUCCCCGGUUUGAGUUUCUGGUUGCAUGCGUGUUCGUAUUGUUAUUGCUAGUGGCAACUUAUUUGUGCAACUACAACUUUGAUUUCUUGCAGAGAUAUCAGAUAGUGAAGAGCUGUUGAGAACAUUUGUAAAACGCAUGAUUCGCAGGGCAGAGAGAUGCAGCUGAAUGGUCACGCCGUCUCCCUGAGCAACAAGAAGCAGAGAAGCACUGAAGCAGGCAGUAUAAAUAGCAAGUGAAGCACCACCAACUUAGCCAUCACCUAAAGCUUAUUAAUUAGCGACUCCAUGGCCAUUCCCUAAGCCGAAGUCCACUGCUGUUUCCCGCGUCCCGUUCUUGAGUUCUUCUCAAAUGGACCCGGACAUGAUGAACCAAGAGCAGCUCAUGAACACCAUCUCACAACUCGACAGCGCGCUCGCUUACCUGGCUUCUCCAUCCACGUCGCCACCACCACAACCACUCGCGCCACCACAAGUUCAUCCUCCUCCAAUAACGACGAUGCUGGUGCCGGUGCCGGUGCAGCCGCCGUGGGCAGCGACGCGGCAGCUCUUCGGCAUCAUCGACUCGGAUGCAGCGGGGGCGGCGGCGCCCAGCAGGCGGCGUCGAGGCACCGGCGCGCGCGUGUCGGGCGAGCCGCAGAGCGUGGCGGCGAGGCUGCGACGGGAGCGCGUGAGCCAGCGGAUGCGCGCCCUGCAGCGGCUCGUGCCGGGCGGCGCGAGGCUGGACACGGCGUCCAUGCUGGAGGAGGCCGUCCGCUACGUCAGGUUCCUCAAGAGCCACGUCCAGGCGCUGGAGCAGCUGGCCGCGGCCGCCAUCGCCAUGCACGGGCGCGUCGAGGCCGAUGGCGUCGCAGCCGGAGGCUUCUACGACUCUUCGUCCUCCUGCCCGUAUUACGCCUAGCUAGCUAGACGGGAGAUGCGUACCAUGUUGUUCCUGGUGCAAGUAAUUAAGCGUUAGUUAGUACAUGAUUGUGAAUUAUGCAACUAUGCAAGUAAUUUGUGUUACGCUCAAGAGCAGAGUACUAUAUAUAUCAAUCUCUCUUU